AUGUACAUGAUCAGCCACAAGUCUUUAAAGGGUUCUCUAGCAGCCUUCAGAUUACAAGCACGUUUCUCUGCUAGAAGACCUUUUUCACAGUCUGCAUUGAUGUUCAAUGCCAAGGACAGUGCAGGAGAAGAGACAAAGCCUACUGAUGGUGAAGAAGCUGGUGCAGCUGACCCUGUAGAGGAGCUCAAGGCAAAACUAGCCAAGAAGGAGAAGGAGUAUGUUGAGUUGAAGGACGCGUAUGUGAGAUCCAAGGCGGAUUUUAUCAAUUUGCAAGAAACCACAAAGAGGGAGAUCCAAAAGGCCCGUGACUUUGCCCUCCAGAAGUUUGCCAAGGAUCUGAUUGAGUCUAUUGACAACUUUGGACAUGCCUUGGGUGCUGUUAAGGAAGAUUCUAUUAAGACCAAUGACGAAAUCAAACUAUUAUACGAUGGUGUCAAAUUGACCAGGGACGUUUUCGAGAAAACCCUGCAUAGACACGGACUGGCCAAGAUCGAUCCUAUUGAUGAGGAGUUUGACCCAAACAGACACGAGGCAACGUUCCAGGCACCACAUGAGGAGAAGAAGCCAGGUACUGUCUUUUACGUCCAACAGCCUGGUUACGAAUUGAAUGGUCGUGUUCUUCGUCCUGCUAAGGUUGGUAUUGUCAAGGGCGACGACUAG